AUGAUUCUUCAGGUGAUGUGUUGUGUGUCAACCGUUUCUUAUUCCAUCCUUCUCAACGGGAAACCUUUGAAAAGAUUCAAGCCAGGACGUGGAAUGCGACAGGGGGAUCCCAUGUCACCUUAUCUAUUUCUCCUUUGCAAUGAAGUGCUAUCUCGACUUCUUACUCUUGAACAAGACAGAGGUUUACUCCAGGGUAUCAAGGUGGCACGAAAUGUCCCUGUUAUUUCUCAUCUCAUGUUUGCGGACGACACCAUCAUCUUCUCUAGAGCUAAUCUUAGGGAUGUGGAGACUUUGAAUGGAUGCAUCCAAAAAUUUGAAGAUUGGUCGGGACAGUUGUGUAGUAAACAGAAAUCGGGGAUUUUCUUUUCGGGUAAUUGUUCUAACUCGCUUCGGGUGGCCAUUGAAAGUAAGUUGAAUCUGAGUGUGGUUCCGAACUCAAAGAAACACUUGGGUAAUACAUUUAUUUUCGAUCAGAGCAAGAGGAAAGACUUUAACUUUCUCAAAACCAAGUUGGUGGAGAGACUUGAGGGGUGGAAACUAAAGUCGCUUUCUAAGGCUGGUAGAAUGGUGUACAUCAACUCGGUCGCCUUGGCCUUACCGAAUUAUGCUAUGUCUACUUUUAAAAUUCCCCUCUCUUCUUGUCGAGAGCUUGAUGCGGUGGUUCGAAGGUAUUGGUGGAAUGGCUCGCUCGACAACCAGAAUAUGUGGGCUGGCAGGUGGGCUGGCAGGUCGUGGAAUUCUCUCUGCCAACCCAAGAUGAGGGGGGGCUUAGGCUUUCGCCGUUUCGAAGAUAUUAACCAUGCCUUGCUUGCUAAACUUGCUUUGUUUUUGGCCUGCAAAGUAAAUCGACCUUGGUGCAAUAUUCUCAAAGGAAAGUACGUUCCCAGAGAGUCUUUUUGGAGUGUACAAGAAAAGAAUUAUGAUAGUUUUUUGUGGCGAGGCAUCUUGGGAGCUAGGAAUGCAAUUUGUAAGGGGGCUUGUACAGUCCUUAUUUCGGGUGAAGAUGUUGAUGUGUGGUGGCAGCCGUGGAUUCCAUGGUUGGACUAUGAUCAAUUUCGUGAAUUGAUGGAGAGUAUCCGUUCCAAAGCCCCUAGUCUUAGAACUGUGGCCGAUUUGAUGUACAGAAGCACAAGAAAAUUGAAUAUGGGCUAUCUUCGACACCUUUUCGGUUGUGAUAUGGGCAACAAGAUUGGCAUGAUCCAAAUUGAUAUGAAUGCUACUAGUGACUUUCUAAUUUGGAAGGAGUCUCUGGUGGGAAAUUUCAGUGUUAAGGGGGCUUAUUGGAUCGACCAAAAAGAGAGGUUUGGAGAAAAAGAUGAGUUAUGGAGCUGGAUUUGGAACUCUAAGGUUCAUCCACGGAUGAGUUUGAUGUUAUGGAGAGUGUGUUCGAGUGUGUUGCCUACAGGUGAUAAAUUUCUUCCAUUGGAAGCAAACACUUUCCCCAUAUGUCAUAUGGCCGCUGAAUCGGCUAUCCAUCUUUUUGCUAAAUCCAGUUUUGCUACUGCUUUAUGGUUCUCUAGUCCUAUGCCCAUAAGGAUCGACAGGGUGGCGGGUGCCAAUAUGCGGGAGGUCAUCCAUAAUCUAUGCAGUUCUUUUGACUCCUCUCUUCGGCCCAAACUUCUCAACUGCAUUGGGGUGAUUUUGGAUUGCAUUUGGAACACAAGGAAUAAAGUGUACCAUUCAGUGGAUUAUAUGCCUAAUGUGAAUUUGAUCAGAGGGGAAGUUUCCAGCAGAGUGUCUGAAUUAUGCCAGGUUGUUGAGGCCAAUUUGAGUCUGUCGAACAACCAUGAAGGGGAGACCUCGCCGAGGAUAUCCACGAACACUUUUAUCAUGGUGGACGGUUCUUUCAAGGAUGGUACCUACGGGUGUGCUAUGGUGGCCCUGGAUAAAGGUUAUAGGGAGUGGUGGCAAUGCACCUCCUCUGGUGAGGGAGAGUCCGCUCUGGAAGCUGAGAUGCAAGCUAUUCUGGUGAGUCUGCAGUGGGCGUUUCUGUAA